UGUGUGGGGCAUCAAUUAGAAACAUGAGCACGACGAGAAAGGGUGACGGCGUCAAGAAAGGCCAGCGAUACCAGAACUCGUGGACCUACAAGCCAAGACUCCACGAGACAAAGAAAUCAGAUCCCUCGACAGUUCAGCUGGCGGGUCUGUGUCCGCGUUGCAGGGAGAUUAUUGAGUGGAAGAUCAAAUACGACAAGUACAAGGCGCUCUCUGCCCCUAGAAAGUGUACACUGUGCGGCGGCAGAAAGGUUCGGCUGGCCUACCACCACGUGUGUCGGAAGUGUAGCGGCGAGAAGGAGUUGUGCGGAAAGUGCGGGAAGCCUGCCAGAGGGACGGAGGCAACCCAGAGGACUCUCACCGAGCACUCUGAUCACCAGCAACAAUCUUUAGAAGAAGAAACCGUUACAAACGACUGUAUAUAGAUAAUAUUUUUAUGACGUCAUGUGUGCUUAUCAGUUCAAUCUAAUA